CUGCCGCACUUCGAUCGAAACGGACGUAUUUUCACUUCUCUCGCCGUUUGCACGCGUGUUUUUGUUGUUCGUCCAUCGCAUCCGCCCCCGCCCUUCCGCCGCAAGCAAGUGAUAUCCGUCUGUGGAAGACAAAAGCCAUGUUGAAAUCCAUUCUCGUUUUGUCGUGCCUUCUGGUGGUGGCCAUCAACCAUGUCAGCGGCGAGGAUCUCAAAGUGGAGGUGAUCAGUACCCCGGAGGUGUGUGAACAAAAGUCCAAGUCCGGCGAUUCCCUAACCAUGCACUACACUGGAACCCUGCAGGCCGAUGGAAAGAAGUUCGACUCAAGCUUCGACCGCGACCAGCCCUUCACUUUCCAAUUGGGAGCCGGCCAGGUGAUUAAGGGCUGGGAUCAGGGUCUGCUCAACAUGUGCGUGGGUGAGAAGCGCAAGCUGACGAUUCCCCCCCAGUUGGGUUAUGGUGAUCAGGGUGCCGGCAACGUGAUCCCGCCCAAGGCCACCCUCUUGUUCGAUGUGGAGCUGAUCAACAUCGGAAACGCCCCGCCCACCACCAACGUGUUCAAGGAGAUCGACGAUAAUGCCGACAAGCAGCUGAGUCGCGAAGAGGUAAUCGUCUAUGUCAGCGAGUAUCUGAAGAAGCAGAUGACCGCCGUCGAGGGUCAGGACUCUGCUGAGCUGAAGAACAUGUUGGCUGAGAACGAUAAGCUGGUGGAGGAGAUCUUCCAGCACGAGGAUAAGGACAAGAACGGCUUCAUCUCGCACGAUGAGUUCUCCGGACCCAAACACGACGAGCUGUAGGGCUCAUCCUCGGGGGUUUUUGGUGUGCGCAAACAUCGAAGGGACACGAGUGCUUAAGUUAUAUAAAACACAAAUAUAUACACAAAAACUAAACAAUAUACAACAGAUGAGGCACAAGCCGAGCAAUAAAUCGAGUGCAACUGA